CGAAAAAAAGUAUGAACUAAGAAGAUACCUGCCUACUUAUUUAUUAACUAAGUAACACAACCAACUCGAUUUCCAUCUAUGUCAUUAACUAAUGAUUGUUUUUGAAGAAUUGUAAUGGGAGAAAAUACAGACGACAAUAAAAUAAUUGAAAACAGGGAUCAAGAUCAAAAUUUGGAGUUUCAAUACAAUUUUUUUAGUUUACCAUGGGAUGAUCGCUCGAAGAAAAGUAAAUCUGGAAUUGUCAUUCUGCUGAUUGCUAUAUUUGCAGUAACAAUGGCCCUAGUCGUCAAUAGUUUUAUAAUGCAUUAUCGAGGUUUUGAGCAAAUUAAGAAAUACUCAAAUCUUAGUGAACUAUCAUGCUUCCGAGUGAAAAUGGAUGAUUACCGUUUCGUAGCCCGAAUUCAUUCUGUGAGCACGCAGCAGUUGUUAUGUCUCGGUGCAGUUGUGAGCAAGAGUUCAGUCCUAGCAAAUGGAGUAUGUGUGAAGUCUGGACCUAUACGAAUGUAUUUAGGCAGCGUGUCAAAUCCUCGUUGCAAGAAAGGUUUUUCUAUCGACGUCUUUGAAUCGAUGCAUCAUGAUGGAGUGUUUUCGAAAAGGCUAGUGCUCUUAUCUAGCUAUGAAAGUAUAGAGGGUUGCUCAGAAAUUAUAAAGAUCGGUCACGAUUUGGACUGGACGCAAAAAGUUCACAUCCUCGGGAGACCACACUCUGUUGGUAGAACUUUCUCGCGACAGCAUGCGUCUCUGGCUGGCAAAGAGUACGUAGACACAAAUAGCAAUAAGCUUGUGAAGUUAAAUAAUACUAUAUGCGUGAAGGACCUGGCGAGAUGUCCAAUUCGUGCCGGUGAUCUGAUGCUGCAGAACGGAAAAUUGUUUGGCCUGGCAUCUUCUAGCGUCCAGCGUUUUGGAGUGGCUUGUUUUGGUGAUCUAAGUAUCAUUAGCCGGGAGUUAAAGGAGGUGGAUGCGGAUAUCGUAAUAGAUUAGGACUAUUGCAUAAAUCUUUGGAUUUUAUUUAAUUAUUUAUAGAUAUUUAGAUCGCACAUUUAACACUUACUAGUUAUUUCUCUUAUAAUAAUUAGGCAAUCACUGUUCAAGGACUAGACGGUUCACAUUUAUUUUAAGUUCUA